CGUUUUCGCACACGUUGGAGUACGUUUUAGAGCCCCGACAGCUGGCCGCAGAAGGCGAGAGGCAAACGGUACAAGAACCGGCGCAGACUAGCGAGACUGCUCGGCUUUAGCUCGGCUAACAUUUAAAGCUAGUCGCUUUCCACGGGCUUUGUGGUUGUUGCUCAGCCCGGGCGCCGCUGCGUGCUAUGAGUUGUCAUGGCAACACGACAGGUCCCCCGUGUCUCGCGCGUUGACCGUUUGAAGCGCCGAGGAGUAGACGGCCAAACCUGAGCUUCAGCUAGAUUCUUAUCGUGGAGACGGGGAUGCGAAGUGCCUUGAUUCCGUAUUCUGAUUGUUCGUUUAACCGUCCUAGGUCACUAUGAGCAGACAUGAAGACUUAUGGGAGAGGCUAGACGCCGAGUUUGACCAUUUUCUGCUAGAGAUGAAACCGUAUGUUCUGAAGCAUCCCAGCAAAACAGAGCGUCAGCGUUGUGCCACGUGGAUAAAGAAGCUGUGCGACCCGGCAGCAUGUGGUUCAGGUCUGGCGGAUCAAAAGAACCGCAACACGUAUGCCCGGUUGCUGCUUUAUAUGCUCAAAAGAGGCAUCCUGGAGGGCCCUUUUACCGCCAAACCAGAACCCGGAAAGCUCAAGACGCUCCCUGCCUACAUGUCCAUCUAUUUUGAUGAGCCCCUGAGUGGUCGAUCUGCAGAGCAGAGCAACAGAGGUCUUCCUGACUGGGUCACAGGAGAGCUGAGUGGCUGUGCUGAUGAAACCUUGGCCAUGGGUCUUCUUAAGGACCGACCCAGUUCCACACCCAUCACGGCUCAUCACAGGAGGAGGCUGUAUGAGGAGAGGCUCAUCCCUGAACCCGUGUCCUCCAGUCCAGUAAAGCAGAGUCCGAGACUGGACGCAACGACGGUGGACGGGCUGCUAAAAGCAAACGUCUCCUCCGAUGACGGUGACCUGGAGGCUCGCCUUAGCGGCUGGAACCUGGGGAUUGAAAGCCCCAGGUAUUUGAGAGAGAAGCCUGUUCCCUUGUCGCCAAUUUUGAAGUCAAGCUUUGAGGGGAAUAACACCUUUGCCGGUGAUCAUGGCCUUCACAGCAGAGAGACUGAGAUGAAGAUCAAAGUGUUGGAGGCCAAACACCAGGAGGAGAAACUGAAGAUGCAGCAGCAACACGAUGCCGAUGUUGAGAAGAUUCUGGACCGAAAAAACCGUGAGAUCGAAGAGAUAAAGAAUGCGUACCGGGCUAAGCAGCAAGAAUCCGAGCAGAUGAUCCACAAGCUUGAAAAGAAAGUUCAAAGUGUUCUGCGGGAAUCCCAGGUCAUCUGUGAGAGCAAGGAGAAGCAGAUAGCCGAGCUGAAGAAGAUCUCGGAUCAGAGUGCUGACUCUGUGAAAAACGAGUGGGAGAAGAAGUUACACGCAGCUGUGGCAGAGAUGGAGCAGGAGAAGUUCGAAAUGCAGAAGAAACACACCGAAAACAUCCAGGAGCUGCUGGACGACACCAACCGCAGGCUGGCUAAGAUGGAGUCUGAGCAUAUGGCUCGUUCUCAGGCUACUGAGCAAAGAGUGCGUGAGAUGGAGCUGCGAGUGAAGCAACAGUCGGUGGAGGUGGAGAAGGGCAACGACUUAUGCCAAAAAGUGACGCAGGAGAAGGCCCUGUUGGAGGUCCAGAUUGCAUCCCUCAGUGCUAAACUGCAGGAGGCAAACAAACGGAUCGUGACGCUGCAGAAGGAGAAGGAACAGCAGAGCGUGCAACACGAGGAGAACACGAUGAAGCUCCAAGCCAAACACGAGACGGACAUUAGCCACCUACAUCAGCAACAUGCUCUGUCUGCUGCUAAGGCUUCAGAUGUGAUAGAGGACUUAGAGAAGACUGUGGCCCAGUGCAAGCAGCAGCUUCAUGAAAGCGAGUAUAGAAGGCAACAACAAGUCAGAGAUCAAGAGAUGAAGUUCCAGCAAGAGAAAGAGGAGCUGCAGACUACCUGUGAGAACCAGGUGUUGGCAGUUCGCAGCGAGGCCGAGAGGGGGAAAAUAGAGGCCAAGAUGAAGAUAGCCAAACUGGAAGAUGCACUGAGGGAGAUGGAGAGCCAGCUGGACAGAGCGAGACAGAGCCAAAGACAGCAGAUCCAGCAGGCCGAUUUGGCACUGGAGCAGUUCAAGAAACAGAUGGAGAAGGUGGAGGAGGACCUGAUCCGCUCCAAAACCCUUAGAGAGAACCAGGCCAAGGAGUUCUCACAGCAGUUUGAUGCUCUGAGACAGAAAUACGAGCAGAAGAUGGCGGAGGAGCGCGCGCAGCACGAGCAGGAGAGGACGCGGCUACAGCAGCAACACAGCGCGGAAAAGGACAACCUGGUCCAGGAGCACCAGCGGGAGGCGAGCAGCCUGGAGAGGCAGGCCAGGGCCACCCUGCAACAGCACCAGCAGCACGCUCAGGAGUGGAGGAAGCGGGAUGCCCAGGCCAUUUCUGAUUUGGAGGCCCAGGUGUCAGGUCUGCAUGAGGAGCUCCAGCAGGUCCAUGCGCUGCACAAGCAAAAGCUGGCAGAGAUGGCGUCACUUCAGGAGGAGGAGAGGCAACAAGCGACGCUCAGCAAGGAGGCGUCGAUGCAGCAGCUGCGCUCCGACAUGGAGCGGAUCGCCAACGACCUCAGGAGGAGCCACCAGCAGGAGAUGGAGGCCACUCUUGAUAAGACAAACAGCAGGUUGAAGCAGAUUGAGAAGGAGUACAGUCAGAAGCUUGCCAAGUCUGCCCAGCUGAUUGCGGAGCUGCAGACGUCUGUAUGUGACUCUAAAGAGGAGGCUGUUCGCCUGCAGCAGGCCAUGGAGAAGCAGCUGAGGGAGGUCAACGCUCGGUGGGACGAAGAGAGACGGACCAUUACCCACAAUGCCGAGCAGGCCAACAAGGCUCUGCAAGAGAAGGUGGAGAGUCUGCAGAGACAGCUGCACUGUGCCGAGAAGAAGCUGCUCAGCAAGGAGCUGGAGACAGAAGAGAGGGUGACGAGGGUGCAUCAGGAGUACGAGGAGAAGAUCAAAGGUCUGAUGCCAGCUGAUCUCAGGCAGGAGCUGGAAGACACCAUCACCUCCCUGAAAGCUCAGGUCGGCUUCCUCCAGAAGACGGCCUCUUUGCUGCAGGAAGACCUGGAUGCCUGUCGCAACAGGAGGUAACAGGACGAAGCGGACUCUCCAGGACACGACGGACAGAAGUGAGCACUGUAGUCACCUCUCAUAACACACUCCGACGGGCCAGUCAUCUUUAAGUUUAACGUACCGCUUUAUGCCGUAGCAUGUGAAGUAUUUAUUUAUCUCAUUUUAGCAUUAACAUUGUUUAAAUGUGACAUUUCAUUUUCUCAUCCAGUUAAAGUGUUCAUUUCUUUGGGUGUUUUUUUUUUUUUUUUAUCAGUUACUGGAUUUUUUUUUCAUGGAUAUGUUCAUAUUUUUGUAAA